AUGCCUCAUACAUCAGCGACCGCUGCGUACAAGAAAAAGGAUGGCACUCUCACCGUCGCCGACGACCGCAAAUAUGUCUUUUGGACGCCAGCAGCACCGACAGCAGCACCGCCCGCGGUGACAGUGCCCGUUGCGGACAUCACCAAUCUCCAACAGACGCCGGCCACGUCGAAGGCGAUCGCUCUGAAAGUGGUGGUAGGCGACAGCAGCUAUGUGUUCACCUUCAAUCACAAGGACAAUGCACGUAAAGAGCAGGAGAGCACGACCGAUGUGUUGAGAAAUAUCAUCGCGGCGAACAAAGCAAAGGAUGCGAACCAUCUCGCGACACCCGCUGCUGCAGCUUCUGCUGCCUCCAUGGCCAUUGCGAAAGCGCUGUCCUCAACCAAGGUGGAUGAGGGUUGGUACGAUGAUUCGAAGCUCAAGUCCGACAUCACCCUUCAGCGGUCAUUGCUCGAGUCGAAUCGCACCCUGCAAGAGCGCUUCAACGAGGCCCUGAAACAGAAGCCCGAGACCGUGUCGAUCGCGCAGUUCACGGGACAGUUCUGGUCGGCACGACUUCACCUUCUCCGCGCACAUGCCAUUGAAAAGGCGCAAAAGCAGGGAGAGUAUAAUGUUCUACCGGAGAUCAAGUUUGUCAUCAAACGGGCGGAGAAGGAGGGCGAGGCGGAUACCAGGCAGCUUCAGAUCUCGAAAGAGCAGAUUCACUUGAUUUUCAAGCAAUAUCCGAUUGUGAAGGAGGCUUACAAUGACCAUGUUCCACCACUCAGCCAAGCUGAGUUUUGGACGAGGUUCUUUGGCAGUCGCUUGCUCAAGAAGCUGAAAGGCGAGAAGAUCAUGCAGAACGACACUCGGGAUAACAAACUUGACGCAUAUCUGGAUCGACAGCCCAGCGGCCCGGCCAGCAUUCAGCACAUACCCCACUGGAUGGACUUGGAGGGCAAUGAGCAAAAUCAUAGUCAGCGAAAGGGCAACAGACCCGAUCAGGACAUGCGGCCGACGUCUACAGAAAAGGUGCCGAUCUUGCGAGUGCUGAAUAAUUUGUCGGAGAAGAUGAUGGCCCACGUGGCACCUGGAGACGGCGAGGCACACGCACCGGUCGGGUUGGAUGAAGAGACCUUUGAGCAACUGCGAUUGCGUGACUUGGCCAACGAAGAUGUCGAUAAUAGGGUCAAACUCAGCAUUAAGGAGCAGCAACGAUAUCUUGGUGGCGACAAGGAUACACUCUCUGCUGAUGCAAGUCUCUACGCGAAGCAAGAUCCCAACAAAGUACUUGCGGUCGUCAAUGCUGGGUUACAGCCGACGCAGGUCGGCAGCGAUGUCAAAGGCACUUUGCGACUCGAUCGUGUUAUCGGAUACCAUACCGACGAUGACUCUGACUCAGACGACGAAGCACCCGCAAGUCAAACCAAUGGUACUGCAGCCAAGAAAAAGCACAAAAUCGGUUCACAUGCCUCCAUGAUUGCUGCCUCCAAAACUAUCGUGUCUUCAAUCAAGACACGCCGCGACUUCAGCUCUACAGAUGCAACGUCACUCAAUGGCCUUAGCCAGGACACGUUCGACAAUCUCAUAAUGACCCACAACACCACUAACGAGUUCUUGCACUACUUCUGGACUCUGUUCCUCUCAGGCGAUGCCACCAAGACAGCCGAAUUAGCGCAGCUGGUCUCUACUCUCGACCGCAGUCUGGACCGGAUCAACGCUGUCGGUGCGCAGGCUGAUGCUGAGAGGGCGCAGAAGGUGGAGAAUCUGAGGCGACAGGCUGAACAGCACCAUCAGAGAACAGGUAAGAAAAGACGCAUAGAUUAUGACUCUGCUGUACCGGGCGGCAAGAGAGCAGUGGACGCGAUGGUGAAGCCGACAGUGCAGGCACUAGCUCAAGCGACCAGUGCAUAUCGCAAGGCUUUUCAGGAGCAGAGUAAAGAGGCCAGUGCUGCUGCUGCUACUGUUGCCUCUGGUGGUGGUACUUGA